UAAUUUUUUAAGAAAUCCAAAACUUGAAGUCAGAAUAUCUUAUUAGGAGAGUGAACCCAGAAUUGUUGAUUUAAGCAACCCAAGAGAUCAGCUCUCAAAUAAUAUAAAAAAAAAUCAAUGUGAAUGCAUAGAAUAUUGUAUUGGUUGUUCUUGUGAAUUUCAAAUCAGCUUAUCUAAAUCAUAAUUAGGUACGGCAUGAAAGAGAAGCUUCACUGUUAAGCCCACUUAAGGGAGUAAAAUGAUUGUAAAAAUGACUUACUUAGCAAUGGAAAGCAAGCAGCCCAGCUUUUGAUGAAACAAAUUCAGAGAAAUGGGGUUGCUUUUGGAAUUGGAAGCCCAGACUUUUCAAAAAAGCUAACACAAUUCCACACCUGUCCCACUCUCCACUCCAACACUUGACCAGAAGGGAGACCCAGCUGCCCGGCUGACCGCAACACUUACAGCCGUGUAAUGGAAGGCGUUGGGGAGCUGCCUACGCCUCAUUUAAUAUAAUCCACCUCGGGAAGUUGAAUCAAUUUUGUAUGAACGCGGCGCAAAUUCAUCACAAAUACCCAACUCCAGAUCAGUGAAGAAAACCCAUGGUUAUGAUGCCUUGUGAUAUUUAACCUGGGUCACGCUCAAGCUGCUGAUUCUGAUUCUGCUUCUACUUCGAUCGAUGCUACAAGAAUGCUCUAAGGUCGGUAGCGGGUUCGAAUCUCCGCAGGUUAAAACUAAGGAAGGUUGCGGGUUCGAAUCUCCGCAGGUGAAAACUAAGGAAGGUCAGGGAUUCGAAUCUAGAAGGCUUAAAUCAAGAGAAACUUUGGAGCUGCUCAGCGUGUAUUUCAGGCAAUGGAUCGGUAGGGUGCGUGUUUUUGUUUACUUGCAGUUCUGUGUGCGUGUUUGUUUUGGGUUCUGUCAGUUUGAAUUGAGAUGAAUUUGAGCAACGACCGGGCAAGAGCAGCCCCAGCCCGGUUGGUGUAAAUUUGUUUGCGGCGACGACAAAUUCGGGGGUCUGAAGAUGGUUUUGGAGUCAUGGUUUAACCGCCUGGGAAGCCAUGUGAGCAACACGUUCAAGACAGCGGUGAAGAUGGCGGCGGGGGCCAAAAAUGGUAAAUCUGAAAAGAGUAAGGCGGGAGUGAUGGGCGUGCUGGGCUUCGAGGUCGCCAAUUUGAUGUCCAAGCUGGUGCAGCUGUGGCAGUCUCUCAGUGAUCGUGAAAUUGCACGUCUCCGGACAGAUGUUAUAACGCUGCCGGGCGUUCGAAAAGUUGUGUCGAAUGAUGAAAGGUUUCUGCUAGGGCUUGCCUGUGCUGAGAAGCUGGAAAAUUUGACGCUUUUGGCCGGUGCCGUAGCUAGACUCGGGAGGAAAUGUAAAGACCCGGCUUUGCAAGGGUUUGAGCAUGUUUUCGAUGACUUGUUGUGCAAUAAUAUCGAUUUUAAGGUUCUGAUGUUUUCUGUAAAGGAAAUGGAUGUCAAAAUUAAGAAAUUGGAGAAGUAUAUUUCUACUACAACGAAUCUUUAUCAGGAGUUGGAGGUUCUCGCCGAUCUGGAGCAGAGCUUGAAACGGUUGCAGAGUGGGGAAGAGGGAUCCAGGAUUAAAGAUAAUAGCUUGCAUUCUAUUCAGCAGAAGCUGAGCUGGCAGCGCCAGGAGACCAAGUAUUUGAGAGAGAUUUCGUUAUGGAAUCGAACUUAUGAUGCAGUUGUGGGGCUUUUGGCAAGGGUUGUGUUUACAACUUAUGGCAGAAUUAGGUUUAGUUUUGGAGAUCUGUGUUUUCCAGGUCCAAGUAAUAAUUUCAAUUUUAAUUUUCCAGUGGCCUCGCUCGACACUUCCUUUCCUCGCAGCCUUUCGGUGUCUGCAUCGGGGAUGGCUUAUGCAUCUGAGAAGAGGGAAAUUAGGUUUUCUUCGGGGCCUCUGGAGAGAGGCCCUGUUGACAUGAAUCCAGGAAGAAGAUUGGGCCCUGUUGACAUGAAUCCAGGAAGAAGAUUGGGCCCUGUUUUGAACCGCACUGGAUCCAAUAAGGUGUGGCAGGACAGGGAGCGGCAUAGUUUUGUAGGCAGUUUGCAGUCUUUUGUUGCUGAGAAUAGUAAUAGGUUAAUGACAUGGGGAUCCGGUAGCCCGGCAAGGCACUCCAAGGAAUCAAACCCCAGUUUGAUCGAUGGAAACCAUCCAUGGGCCAAGCAGCAGGAUUCCUCAAAUGGUGAGUCGCCAAUUGUAUUUUCAUCCAGUCGUAAAGUAGCUCCAAAUCUUAGCUCUUUCAAUGUAAGUAUGAAUGGCUAUCAUAAAGAAUCAGAUGCUGGAGGGCAUUUAGCAAAUGGUUUUCACCCUGUUUCUACUUCUGACUCCUCCAACCAGAAUAAUACUCUUAAGUUGUUUAUUGGUGCUAAGAGUAGAUUACUGAAUGCACCAGCUUCAACUCUUGGUGGUGCUGCUCUUGCCCUGCAUUAUGCCAAUGUUAUCAUUGUUAUUGAGAAGUUAGUGCGGUUUCCACACUUGAUUGGUCCCGAUGCUAGAGAUGAUCUCUAUCAGAUGUUGCCAACUAGUUUAAGGAUGGCUCUCAGGUCUAGACUUAGGUCUUGCACAAAAAAUAUAACUCCCACAAUGUACAAUGCCGCUCUUGCAGCUGAUUGGAGUGAUGCACUGGAUAGAAUUCUGGAUUGGCUGGCUCCCUUGGCACACAACAUGAUAAGGUGGCAGUCUGAACGCAAUUUUGAGCAACAGCACCUGGUUCCAAGAACCAAUGUUCUUUUGCUUCAGACGCUAUACUUUGCUAAUCAGGUGAAGACAGAAUUAGCAAUUACAGAGCUUCUUGUUGGUUUAAACUACAUUUGCAGAUACGAGCAGGAAAUUAGAGCAAAUGCUUUGAUGGAGUGCUCAAAUCAUGACUACGACGAGUACUUAGAGUGGCAGAUAUGAUGGUAUGUUUUAUCCUGUCAGUUUGUUGACAAAUCUGAAGGAAAUCCCUUUUGUAUGCUUUUCGAAAAUGGUCUAACAGUACUGGUGAAAUCUCAAAUAUUUCUCAGACAAGUAGCAACAGGUUUGUGCUUUGCUAUAAUGUUGAUGACGAAGAAUUAUGCUCUCUAACCCAAAAAUAGUGGAUGUCCACGAUGGAUAUCCUUGGGCAUGUUCCCAUCAUUCUAAGGACCAUAUUUUCUAUGGAGUGAAAUUUUUUGUUGUACUAUUAUUUUCUUGCUUCUGUCAAAGCAAGUUCUUCACCUCUUUCGUAUCACAAGGUAUGCUAUAUUUUAUUCACUUGAUUUUCUUCUUACAGGACCUGAUGUAUACCUGCAAGAUUUAUUAUAUAUCCACGUCAAGUGUACAAAUAUAUGUGUUCAGUUGCCAGCCGAAUGCAGCAUUCUUUAGCCUGUUUCUGCAAAAUCUGUGUUGUAAAUUUGCUUGCAAAGGCCUUUUUAUGAGAUGCCAUUGAGAUAAUGGAUAAUAAAUUCUAUUUCUUUUUUCC